GGUCCAAUUGACAACAGUAGUGCUGCUGUGGAGGUCAGAUCACCAUUGAUACCUCCUCCUCCUCCAUCAUUUUCUGCGUUAGGAAAAAGUGAAGAGAAGAAAACCAAGAGGUAAGAGAUCCAGUUUCUUUUUAUCUUGAACAAAAUUGCUUAGAUAAUUGGCAUCCAUAGGGCACUUGGUCUCUGGUUUAAACAAUUAUUAGUAUCUUCAUCUCCUCUCUCCCCUGUGAAUGAUGUUGCCUGGUUUGUAGUUUGGUCAUUGAUAUAUGUACAUGUAUUCCAGAUCUUAUGAAAAUAUUUCUUGAGAGGAAGGUGGAAGAAAAGCUCUCUUACGAGAUGUUGUGUGUUGUGGGGCUGGUUUUGUACAGGGUAGAAAAUAAGAGAAUGCUGAGAAGAACCUCCGAAAUGCAGACUAGGGCCAGGAACAAAUGCAGUCUACUUGUGACUCAUUGUAACAUGGUGCUGGAAAAAAUUAAGUAACACUGCCAGAAAUGUUCAGUUCUGUGAUAGAACUUUAAAAUUUACAUGCCAUUAAGUAUUAAUCAAUAUAAUUAUAGGUGGGUGAAAUCCAGCAGAAUUCUAACCCUGAUGCUUGACAGGCUCUAUUAUGGGUUGGUCAUAUUUUGGUUUUUCUGUUUUGACUUGUGUUUUACUGAAUUUUUACAUUCUUGUCAUUUUAGUCCUGGUAAUGAGGUAGAACCAAACGGUCAGAUAUUAACAGAAGAUUCUCCUGAUGUGAGUCGCUUGUAAAUUAUGGGAAGGAAGAAUCACAGAGAUGGAAGCUGUUAGCCUGGAAAGAUGAAUACACAGUGAAAGAAUGACAAAUUAAGCCCUCAAUCAAAUGCAUUCUAGCAUUUCCAUUGCUUGCUAAUUAUUGCUUAUUUUGAUGGAAGAUCUCAAAUUAUUGGUCACAUGACUGAAAUACUGUUUUGUAAUAACAGAAUAGUUGUGUGGAUAGCUCAAAAAUAUUUAAUUGAGGGAAGGUUUUUCAGGGCUGAAAUAAUCAGACUGAUUUAUUUGGUAAACAGAAAAAUUAUGCAAACAUAUGGAGGCUACUGAGCCUAAUAACUGAGUUAACAUUUCUGUUCUGAAAAUCGAGCCAUCAAUUCUCUGCGCUCUCUGUUUUAUAGCAUAUAUUUUGUAAGACUUAGCUCUGAGAGUUUGAUGUUAACCCUUUAACCCCUAAGAGUGACCAGAAUCUAAUUUCUCCUUACAAUAUCACCACUGAAUCACACAUUGACAUCAUGAGAAUACAGGAAAUGAUCACCAACUCUUGAUUGUCAGACAAAUUCUCCUUUUCGGCACCUUAGUAAAUGUACAGAGAACAGUAUGGAGAAUAUAAAUACUGAUGUUAGGGUGUAAAGGGUUAAAUCAAGCAAUAUCCAUUUGUUUAUAUUUUACUGCUCAUCAUCUUUUUGCUUAAAAAUGUUUUGGUAUUGUAAAGAGGAUUUCCUUGUUGGUCACUCUUGAAAGAAAUGGUUCAAUUUGCAAAGAAACAGUGUUUUCAUUUGGCCUGAAAAAUAAUUAUGACAAGCUCUUGCUUAGCAUCCUUUUAGUUCUUUCAAAAGUUUUAAGUGAACAGUUUGAUGUACUUAGAUUAUGAUCUCAUAUUUAAUUUGUAGGUUUAUUGAUCAUGUACAAAUCUGUUAGCCUUAUGGAUGAAAAUAUUUUAUGGAGAUCUGAUAUAUCAUAGCUGGAAAUGCCUAAAUUAUUUUUGUGAGUUGUAAAUUGCGAAGAAAAGAAUGAACAAAUUGAUGCUGAAGUUAGCGAUAGAGGGUAACUGGACAAAACUUCAUGAAACACAUGCUAUGAUGUUCAAUUGAUUUCCAAUGAAAGUUAUUGCAGAUUGUAUUUGAUUGUAUUUACAAUAAUCAAUGCUACAUAGUAAAAGUAUGCACCAUUUCUGUGGUUGUAUCAAUGAUUUUUAUCUCCUAUGUUAUGGGAGUCAAAAUGCAACCCACCCUCCUCCCCUCCACUGGUUCAAACUUUACUCCCUUGUGAAGUUCAGGUGAAUGAAGAAGACGAAAUUUUCAUGAGACUCCUUUCCUCUUUCCCAUUGAGCUCUUUGUGUUCCCCAUGCAAAUUCAACGAAUUAAACACCCACCCUGCCUCAGCGUUUCUGAAAUUCUCUGUGGUCUUCAUCAGCAUAGACCGAUGACGAGCGUCUCUUAGCCCACACGGACCAAUGUCAGUAUCUUAGCAACGGCGCACCUACCCCUCCCCUGACCCAUCAACAGUCAACUGAUAGCAAGUUAGGGUUAACCCUUUAAACCCUAACAAUGACCAGCAUUUCAUUUCUCCUAACAGUAAUGAUGCUGAAUUGGUCAUUUAGAUCAUGAGAAUAAAGGACAUGAUCGCCAACCCAAGAAGCUUUGAUUGCUAACGAAAUCCUCCUUGUCAGUACUAAAGGAAACGUAGAGAGAAGAGUAUGGGGAGUUUGGAUACUGAUGUUAGGGUGUAAAGGGUUAAUAUUGGGUUAAGUGAGGCGUAGGAGCAGAGCUGUUCAGAUACUUACAUUGAUCCGCCCACAGAUUAAUUUCUAGACGCGAGCCUCAGGAGUAUAUUGUUAUCGAAGGGUUAUGGGUGACUUGCUUAAAUGAAAAGAACAACCAAACGCAUGGAGUUCUAUGCCCCGAAAGAUGUUAAAAAAGAAUAACAAUGAACCUAAACGAGGCAAAUCAGAUCAGAUCUUAACAACUUUUCCUUCGUAUUCCACAUUUUUGUCCGUGAAGUUUAUCUAUGGCCUUGAAAUGCUUCCGCAUAGUUUGAUAACAAACGUUAGAGACAAACGAUUUGGAAAAUGGUGAGAAAUCACUGGAACCCACGAUGCUCGUGGAUUAAAGCUGAAGAUUAUCAGAAAGUUCAGUAGAUCUAAGAAUAAGCCCCAGGAAGACUACGUCAAGAAACAACCUUCUCAAGGUGCCAAAUAAAGGCCAUAACAACGCAAUGAACACAAAAGAGUGAGAUUACGCUCUGCUAAACAAACAACCAAUUAUUCUAAUAAGAAUUGAGUUCUGUCUACCCACAGAUUGCUCUUGGAAAGUUCUGCGCCAUAUAUGUUAUUAAUAUGCGAUGGAAAGAAAUAAAAUGACCAAAUAAAAAACACGAUACCCGCCUGAUAACUUGUUUUAGUGGGAAAUGGAACCAGGAAGUAAUGGAUCAUUCUCAAAUCGUAACUUGUUGUAAUUGGAAACUACUGAGAUCUUGCCUUUAGAUUAUAGGUAUUGUGUCUUGUUAUCUGCAGAGUCAUUUGGUAUAAAUAAUAGGAAUAGAAAAAGGAGGGCAAAAGGUUAGGAUUUUGAAAGCAAAAUACACUGGAUGCUAUUUUCGAAACACCCUUUUUCAUAUUUGAAUGCCUCAAUUGCGGUCUUUGGCGGAGUUGACUCAUUUGGACUAAAUGAUAGACAUCGAAAGAAGAGGGUUUUAAAAAAUCCAGCUUGUAUCUUAGUUCUUCCUGGCGAUAUUCACUGCCAUUCGCUCUUUAGACAGCUGAAAGUGAUUGACAACUUAUAACAGGAUCAAUUUUGGCCCUGCCACAAGGAUUAGUGGGUUCCUUUUCAGCAGGUGAUCACGCUUCAGCCUAUGAGGUAAGAGUUUCACCUCUAGUCACGUUCUAUACCCGAAGGGAGGUCGAUUACUUUCUGAUCCCUCACCAUUUCCUCGUUUGGCUCUCACUGUAGGCGUUAUCGAUAAUUUGACUUCUAUUUCGGUGAAGAGUUUUAAAACCAUGGCGACUGCGUAUCUUCAGAACGUUUUCCAUGACUGAUCGACGUGGUACAGGAGGCUAAUUUGACGGGGUGCUUUUUGCUCUAUCUUACAACAUAUGAAGCGGACUAACAAUUUAGCCAAAAUAACUUGAAUUUUCGGAAGUUGUACAGAAUUAAACUCAUCAUAGAUUCCGAAAAUAAUUUCAAGUAGUGUAAGUGGGGUUUGGAAUUCGUGGAAUCUACAGAAAAUAGGGAGUGUUGUGGCGGCCAGCUUAAGAGGAAUUGUGUGUUGUGUGUGGGUUUCUAAGCAGAAAAUGGAGCUACGCUAUUGGUGGGAAUAUAGUGAUGAAAAAACAAGAAUAAACUAGACCCUGUGAGCAGGGUAACUGGGAUACCUGGAUGGUACUGGAUCCUUGGAAUCAAGUGUAGUGAUACUACGGGUAUCGGACUAGUAUACUGAAAUAGUGCGCUCGAGUCUGGCCAAGGGCAUACACCUAUUUCAAAACAUAGGCAUGCUAUGCAUGCAAGAGUUACUUUUUUUGUAGGGUGGGUGGAUUACUUGAAACAUUGUGAGUGAUGUCUAUAUUCUUACAAAAGGAAAGAAGAUUAUUAAUGUGGGAAAUAACGAAAAUGUCGAAUUACCUCACUCACAGGUAUUUUGUGGUAGAUAAUGUGUGUUGUGCGAAUAAAUGUAACCAAAAAUAAACUGUAUUUGUGCCACGGAUACUUGUUAGUACAAAAUGCAGACCGGAUACAAAAUAUAGACUGCAGACUGCAGAGUGGGUACAAAAUGCAGACUAAGACUCUGACGAGUUUUUACGUCUAGUAUAUAAUAACAUGUCAUCUUGCAGCUUACCGAGCGUCACGCAUCGCUUUUCUGCGAUCCGCAGAAAAGCGAUUAUUUGCACUAUUGUGAGAUAUUCCUGACCUAUUUCUUGGUGAAAAUCGAUCGCAAUAUUACUUCAAGCCUUCAAUAUAGUCUUCUUACUUUGCGCGCGAGUUGGUUGUUGUGAUGUCUGUACAGAUUUUACCAACGUAAUAAAAGUAGAUGACGUGAAUAAUAGUGAUGGUAAAGCAAGCUUAAAACGGCAGAAAUCGCCAGAAAAUACAACGGAUACACAGGGUAUGAGUAAGUUUUAUUGAUUUUACGAGAAAAAUGUUCAUAUUUCGAAAUAUUUAUCGUUGUAAAUCGACCAUAUUUCGUUCCCUGUACUAUUCCUUAUAACGUGCAGUUCCUCUCGUAACUUAACACCGAGUCACACAACGCGUGACGUGUUCAUGAAUUAAUCGUUGGCUUUUUCUCGAGACGUGACCUUGGGCUGCCUGUGACAAAACAAUUGCGUAAACAAUAUUUAACAUAAUAACAUUAUACACAAAAAAACACAGGGUUUUGGAUCACGUAUUUAUUAAAAAAGAAUAUCCAUACAACUACAAUGAAAACAAACAUAAGAUUCACCUUUCUGAUCGUGAAAUUAAUACCAUUCGUACUGUUAUCGUAGCUACGUUCCUUGCCAUCAAGUGAAUCCAACAUGUCGUCUUUCUUCACAAGCAGUUUGCAUCCAUUAUAGUUAUGUUCUUCAGUCUCACGGUAGUAGCGUUGUUCAAUAGAUUGCAUAGAGUAUAUGCAGUUUGGUUUCAGAUUUCAGAUUUUGCUUUUUACAACAAGUGAACGUUUUUCAACUAAGACAUUGGCAUACUUGGCAUACAAAGCAUUCAAGGCUUUCAUGGCUUUCAAGCGUUCGCGACUCAAUCCGUUCCAAAAUUACUGCUCAAUAACAUCUUUCAGUGUGGAUUAGCCGCGAUUAAUACGACUUGUAUAUGCGUCUGUAAGUAUUUUGCGCGUUUGCGCUAUAAUGCUCCAGGAGAUCGCAAUCCAAAUACGUUGAAAUACAACACAACUGACGAAAGAGUUUUAGAUAGUUUAACAUUACUAUGCAGAAGCAAAGCGCGCGCAUCAAGAGCAAAAAUAAUUUAAUCAAACUUGUCCAUUCGGUCAAAACAACCGCGUUCAAAGUCCGGCUAAACAGUUCAAGGAAUUGUUCAGUCUGUGUCCGAAUCAUUUUCGAUGGAAUGGAAUCGUCGUUUGCGAGGUUUAACCAUAUUUGUUUUUAAUUUCGGCGUAGAAAGUGCAAUUUGUGGUCUUUGAAAAAAUGAACAAGUGCUUAUUUAUUCCAAACUGCACGAGAAAAAUCAUAUGAUUACGUAUUAAUAAUAUACAUGGAAACAUACGAGAUAGUUUAUCACUGUUAUGCAGAAGCAAAGCCCUCGCAGCAAGUGCAAAACUAAUUUAUUCAAACUUGUGCAUUCGGUCAAAACAACCGCGUACGAUCAAAACAAUAAUAUAUAAUGAUAUUUUUACAUCUUUGAGGCGCAAAAAAGUUCAAAGUCCGGCUAAACAGUUCAAGGAAUUGUUAAGUCUGUGUCCGAAUCACUUUCGAUGGAAUGGAAUCGUCGUUUGCGAGGUUUAACCAUGUUUGUUUUCAAUUUCGGCGUAGAAUCGCUCGAGCAAAGUGUUAAGCUGGAUCGGCUAGUAAUUUUGAUUUCCUUGGCAAUUCCCUUCUCUAAACACCACUUUUUCCAAACCGACAACCAAGAAGCAGUGCUUUUUACAGCGUUUUCGUUGUUAGAGCUGUUUUUCAGCUGAUGUACUGAUGUUGCGGUGGCGGAAGAAGACUUUCAUAAGACGCCGAUCAUUAAUUCGGUCGCAAAUUUUCUGCGUAGCCAAAUGUUGCGACAUCCAAGACUCGCAUUUGAUUGGCUACCUGUGAGUUCCUUUGAUUAUUGAUCAAUCAGAAUGUCUGGUUUGUGACUUUCUUUGCACAAAAUUAACCCUCUUUUGCAACGAAUUACCUGCAUUUAUCUUAACCAACCGAAACUGAGUAACUUUUUCAUGUAUAUUAUUAACUGCAUAACUUACACUUGCAAAAAGUUAUACAUCGGUGAAACAGGAAGAUGACAAGGACGCAUAGCGCAUCCAAACCAGUCGCUAGACACUUUAAUCUCCCUAAUCAUUCUAAACAGCAUGUAGCAGUUUGCGGUCUUUCCCCACAUGUUGGCAGUUCGGAAAUCCGAAAAACUCUAGAAUAAAAACUUAUCUUCCAAAUCAGCACCUUUAAUACUCACGGUGUCAACGAGCGCUUUUCAUCUAACUAAUUUAUUCUUGUUUUCUCGUCACCAUGUUCCCACCAAUAACGUAGCUCCAUUUUCUGCAUAUAAACCCACACACAACCUACAAUUCCUCCAAUUGGUCUGUCGAAGGGCUAACGCUCGAAACGUCAGCCUUUAAACUUUUUACGGUGGCCAAUUUAUGUUUUCAACUUAGUUGUUAACACUAAGGCCUGUUCCAAACGUCGUGCUACUGCCGUGCCGAACUCAAAUGAAUUUGGCUCGGCAGUGGCACGACGAUAGCACGGCAGCGGUUUCAAACGUCGAACCUAAUGCAGUCGCGCCAAAUUCAAAAGACAAAACAAACCAUCCAUCCAGCGGUAUCGCCCCAUCCAAAUUUGUUUAAGAAAAUUUUAAAUGCCAGAAGGCAACGCAGGCGAAUGCAACAGUCCAUAUUGAAUACUGUUAUUGCAAGGAGAGGAUUACUUUUGAAAGUUUUUUCAUUUAUUCUUCUUCUGGUUUCCCUUGACGAGAGCCAGCAAGUUACUGUAUUACGAUCGUGCCGGCGUUUCCAAACCCUAACCCUAACCCUAAGCACUUUAUUGUCACCGUCGGAUUCCUCUUCUCUCAAGCUUUCGGGCAAAACGGGUAGAUUUGUCUUUUUUUUAUUAGUGCGCAUGCGUAAUAGUAUGCAAAUAAUGCAAAAUCCGUUAAAUUAAUUUAUGAAUUGAGUUCGGCGCGACAGUAGCACGACGUUUGAAACCAAGUCGUGCUACUGCCGUGCGGCACGGCAAGGCCUGCCGCGCUAAGUAGUCGUGCCGAACCUAAUUCAGCCGUGCCGCGCUUAAUGGUUUCAAACGGCGUGCUACUGCCGUGCUUAAAUCGAAAUUACUAUUUCAUUUGAGUUCGGCACGGCAGUAGCACGACGUUUGGAACAGGCCUAAAUUACCCUGUUAUACCCUCCCACUGACGCAGCACCACAGUUUCCUUAGAAACGUACUGUCUUUACUCAUUCAACUUAAGAGGAAUCCGUCAUUGUCGCAAGGGAAUUUAGUCUUUUCUAAUGGAAAUGUUCCAGGAGAUUUCGCCUAUACUGCUGAACAUUUUCAGGGGAGUGCGUCGCUUGAUGAAAAAAAGAAACAAUUUCUUAAUCAAAAAAUACGAACUUUUCCUCGUGUGAACUCUUUUGCCUCAUCAUGCAUGCCCACAAACACAGAUGAUAGACGGUAGACGACAGACGGAAGGCGGUAGACGGUAUAUGACGGGCCCUGAUCCCGAAAUUCAAAGUUGUCACGCCAUCACGUGAAUGUCACAUAAAUCUUUCUUUCACGGAGCAAUGCGUUACGUUAAUCGAACCUGUAUUUUAAAAGCGGUCGUCCAAUAUGGUGAACAGUGUUUGCACACUGGUCAAUUUACAGGGUGGGGAAAAUUGUAUUAAACAUGCAUCAAAUUUAUUUUCGUCCAUUUUGGUUGACCCUGAGGGAUGCCCUAGCCCUGUUCUUGGGGUUGGGUAAAGCCAGAUAAUAUUGCGUUACAAAACUCAAUAUUUUCUUCUGUGUGCUAUUUUCUUUGUUUUUAAGUGACCCUUUUCUUCAGGAGCAUACAACUACAGACUCAUAAUUCUCCUGAUCUUCCUCGGGUAUCAUCUGUUCCCCUCUUCAAGCAUAUUUUGAAUCUCUGUACGUUCAUAUUAAGAGCGGAGCGCACCAAAUUUGUUCUUAAGAUGCGUAACGCUUCUCUCUUUGCGAAUUCUUUCUAUAGGUCAAGUAAAAAGUAUUGACAGGUCAGCACGACUCCUGCCAGGCGUUGAGUGCAAUAUGUACGAUUUUCUCCGCAGUUUCCCGUGUGUAAACAAAAACAGAGCCGUGUUCGACUAGGAUCUUUCAAUAUCUUUACUUUCCCACGAUCUUUGACAAUUUUUUUGUCUUCCUUCUCGUCCAUGUCAGAAGUGGUUUAAGCAAGUUUUUGUGAAUAAGGUGGCCCAAUAUGGCAAAAAAUGCUCCUUUUUUUCCCAUUUGUUUUUCUGUCUCGUGGAACUUGUAUUAGGCGGUCACCCACGUAACGCCGUUAGAGAAAGAUUUAUGUGGCAUUCACGCGAUUGCGUGUCAAUUUUAAAUUUCGUAACGUAACGCCUCGUGAAAGGAGGAUUUAUGUGACAUUCACGCGAUUUUCUUGAUUAUGUUCCGUCACACAAUCCAUCGUCUACCGUCUACCGUCUAACGUCAUUUUGGUUGUUGGAAGGAUGGAUAGUUCUAUACACACAGCAUCCAGUGCGAAAUAAAUUCAAGGCCAGAUAACUUCCCAUCGGUUCCAAACUUUUCUUCAGUAAUUUCUUCAGAAUCGUGAUACGCUUCUUUGUGUUUUUUUGACGCGGGGUGAAUUUUUGUAUUUCAGGAAAAAUGGCUUCAGCAGCGGCCCCAUCGUUUCAUGCAACAGAAAAGACAGCUAAUUACGCCCGGUUAUGCAGACUUCUGGUGGAUGUCAGUUCCCAUAUCCUGAGAGAGACAUUUGACAAAAAGCGUCCACCAGAAAACCUGGAAAAAGUUCUGUCAACUCCAGAGAUUCGUGAUGCGCUACAAGAACUCAGAAGAAAAGUACUGAGUCUAUCACAAUGGGGCAAACUGUACCCUGCCAUCAAAUCAUCAGUCUCAUCAAGAGAUUUCGAUAUCACUCUACUGAUGGUACUGUUGAGGAACAUUUGUGGUCUUGUUCGUCCAGCUACCGGCUGGGAUACACUUCCUCCUGUGACAGACACAACCCUUGAGGCGGACAUUGCGCGCAUCAAGUACUACAGAAACACAGUUUAUGGUCAUGCCAGCGAGGCCUCAGUUGAUGAUGUAACAUUUAAACAAUACUGGCAGGACAUCCAAGAUGCAUUGGUGAGACUGGGAGGAGCUGGUUACCGAAGUGCUAUCGAUGAUCUGAAAAAGGAAUGCAUAGACCCUGAUUUCGCAGAACACUACAAAGAGCUUCUUAAACAGUGGGUGAUGGAUGAAGUCAGUAUCAAGGAAAGAUUGGAUAAAAUGAAAGAAGAGUUGGAUAAGAGGUUUGAUGACUUGGAAGUGAAAAUUUUCGAUCCUGAAAGGAGGAAGGAAACAGGAGGUAAAAGUGAAUAAAGCAUUAUAUUUACCAAAUAUAUAUUUAAAAUAUUAGAGUACAUUCAUGUUUUCAAAGCUUUUCUCGAUCCGGACUGUUCUCGUUUGUUGAACGUCCGAUGGCUCUCAUGCAUCCGUUCAUCAGAUCAGAACCACAAUUACAUGAUAAAAAAUUGAAAAAGCGUUCGUGUAACCUUUGAAUGAAGAGGGCAAAUAGAGAUAGGGAGACAUAAGCAAGUCACGUUAAGGGUUGUUAAACAGAUUUAUUUCUCAUUGUUUGUUUAAGGUAAUUCCACGAAAAUGGAGAGAAAAGAGGACGUCAACAUUCUGAUACUGGGAGAGACAGGAGUCGGGAAGUCCACCUGGAUCAAUGGUAUUGUCAACUAUUUGAAGCAUAGCUCUCUCCAAGCCGCCAUUGAUGCCCGUGAAUUCACUGUUUUGAUACCUUUUAGGUAAAAAUAUGAACCUUUUGGUAAUUUAAACAUUUUGUUGAAUUUUUUAAUAAUACGAUGCAUUUUCAUGCUUUGAAAGACGUUAGGCCCAACGGUUUGCGAACUGAACUGCGGAUCGAAAGGACCGAGUGGAGCCCUGGGUGGGUUAUUGCAUUCUUGGGAAAGGCACGUCACUCUUAGAGUAUCUUUCUCCACCCAGGAGAAUGAAUUGGUACCCGUAAAGUGAUGCCAUGGAUUUACAUCCUAUCCACUGAUGGAGAAGCAACACUCUUGAGUCUUACCUGCUUCGGCGGUUUAGGUCACUUAAUCGCACGCGUGCUGCAUGGUUUUACCAGUGUAUUUUCUUUACCUUCUUAACCUUUCUUCGCGAUUCUUUUCCAGAGACAUACUUAUAAUUGUAGAGACGAGGGCUAUUUAGGAGAGAACUUGUCUCAAUUUUUUAUCAAAACUUUCAAACUAUUGUUGCAGCACUACUUUUCUUCGCGUUUUCCACCCGCUUUCUCUCUCUUGCUCCUACUGUGACUAUUGUGAUUCACUGAAGUACGUUAUCUCAUUUGUGUAGUCUAUCGGAGACCUGUAUUAGAUUUCUUUCAAAUUGAGGAGGUUGCUCAUUCAACGAACAUUUAUCGACAUGGCGUUUCCUCCACUCUCGGAUAUCUAGCGAGGAGCUCGUUCCUGAAAAUCCUUGGGGGACGACGGUACCAAAAACUGUUUAACAGCUAUUCAUGUCUACGUUUUUUAUCGAUAUGUUGAGUUUUUGAAAUUCAAAGAAUUGAAAUAUUUGAGAAGUAAGACAAAUAGAAUUGCUUUUGAGUUUGUACUACACAAUUCUUGCGGGUAAAGUUUAGGGAUUUAAGACACAGUCAAGCUAGUUCCCGUCAGGAAAAUCCAAACCUCUGUCAUUAAGACGGCCUGUAGAGAUACAUCGUAAUACAUUAAAUCAAAAUAUACAUUAUUUUGAUAGUGAAAUGGUCUAUUUAUUCCAGGUUUGCCUAUACGGAUGAGGAAGGGGAAGGGACGGAAGUUUGCUUUGGUUCUGAUGCAAAUGAAAUUUUCGCCACCGGUCGGUCUGCUACCCAGUCCCCUCGGGAGUAUAUGUUUGAGACAGACAUUGCCAAGUUCCACCUUAUCGACACUCCAGGCAUUGGGGAUUGUCGAGGAACUGACAAGGACAAAGAACACUUUGAAAAAAUUAUGGCCUUUCUCAGCAUCUACGACAAGAUCCAUGCCGUGGUGGUGCUUCUCAAGCCAAACAAUGCCAGGUUGACUGUGGCCUUCAGAUUUUGUGUUUUGGAGCUGCUUAGGCACCUUCACAAGUCGCUGCAAUCCAACAUUAUAUUUGCCUUUACUAACUCCAGGGGAACGUUUUAUCAGCCAGGAGACACCCUGCCAGUUCUCAAGGAACUCCUGGAGAAGAACUACCUUAAAAUCGACGUUUCGCCUUCCAACUAUUUUUGUUUCGACAACGAAGCUUUCAGGUAUUUAUCUUUCCAAGGUCUAAACUUUAUUCCAGAGAACACAGAUUUUUUUAAAAUUUAUCUACGUAUUUCCUAUUCCUUUUUCUUACACCAGACCCUAAAUAAGCUUAGACUGCGGAGGAUUUCAAGUUAAAUAAUUUUAAUAAAAACCUUAAAGUUGAGCAGUAAUGUGUUAUCAUUUUUUUUUAAUGAAAUAAAUUUCAGGACUCCGCGUAUUAUAAGCUUAUUUUUGCGAUAUGUGUUUAAACCUUGGUUAAGAAGUAUAUCGAUUGUAAGAAAUAUCAUUGAAAAUAGGGUAUUUAAUUCAUCGCGCUUCAAUGGCCUUUGAAAUAAGGAAAGUUACAGAAUUGAGUACAUGUGAAACUUUAAAGGAAAGGGGUUUUUUAACGGUUGCGUUUGCUUCGCUUGGUCACGUAAUGAUCAACAUUGCUUUUGCCUUAAAUUAUUUCCGUUAAAACACCGACAUUUAUUUGUAAAAAAUUGUAAAAAAUUCAAUAACACUACAGUUGAAAACAAUUGGGAGGUCAGAAGCCCAUUUUGUUACUUUUAAAGCUCCUUUUCUACUUUGCACUGUAUCCAUAGUACAUCACUUUUAACACCGUCGAAAGUUGUUCACCUUUUCUCCUUUGAACUCUCUAAAAUUUCUCAUUCUCCUGAAGAUAAUAAAUAUUUAACAACUAAUUACCGGGAUGGAAGAGGCUAGUACAAAGAUAUGACUUAAACUCAUUUGUUACUGUAAUUAUUACAAUAUUUUAGGGUACAAAUCCUGCGCGUGUCGCUCAGAUGUGAGUAGCAAAGAAUAGCCGAAGUUUGAGUAGCCAAUCAGGGCGCGCCUUCAACGCUAUCUACUGUUUUACUCAAUACUAAAUAGAUAUAUCUAUUGAUAUAUUAUUUCAUAUUUAUACAUGUCAAUAUGCUUUGUCAUCUACAGAUUUCUUGCCUGCCACAGGAAGGGAAUUAAAUUUACACCGAAAAAUGUUGGCAUCUACAAAGAGAGUUGGGACUUAUCGUGCGAAACUACGACCAAGCUCUUUGAUAAAGUAAUGGAGAUGAAGCCACAUGAGACGAAGGAGACUUUGAGCCUGAACAAUGCUAGGGAAUACACAUUGGCCUUAGCCAAACCCAUGGCGGAAACUGUCGAACUCAUUAAUAUCAACUUGAAAAAGAUUAAAGCGGAAAAAGAGAAGUGCAAAGCCUGCGAGAGCGACAUGAAGAGUUUUCGAGCUCAGUUAAAAUUCAAAGGGUUUGAUCUUACGUUUGUGAAGCUAGAAUACCCCAUGACUGUCUGCGCUGGUCAAGGAUGUAAGACGUAUGUGAAUGUUGGUGAAGAUCGUGUGAGGCGUACUGUCUAUAAUCAGAUCUGCCAUGAUCAUUGCUACCUUUCAGGAGUGCCCUAUGAGACUAUCAACAACGAGAAGCUUCGUGAUUGUAAGGCAAUGAAAAAUGAUCUUUGCAGUAAAUGUUCUCACAGCUACAAAGUCCACAUGCAUAUCACCUACAAAACUACUCUCGUACAGAAUGAAUUCUUAUCUAAGGAAACACAGGAGAUUAUUUUUCAGAAAAAGGAUAUGAAGUCCCGGAAGGAAGAGUUCAUUCGUCUUUUGGAAGGGCAAAUUGAUGAAUUGAAGAAAGAAGAGAAAUACAUCUAUGAAAGCGCAUGCUUUUUCGGCGUCUUUCUCAAAAAUAACGCCAUGAUCCCCUACAACGAUGCCUUUGGCGAGUACAUCGACAUGCUAAUCCAAGACGAGGAAGCUAAGGAGAAGGAGAUCAGAGACUCUGAAAAGAUCAAAAAGUUUGUGAAGGAAAAACAGGCUUAUGAGAAGAAGAAAAAACUUCUCAUCGAAACGAUGGCAUCGCGCUCUGAGGGAGAGUCUGGAAAUCUGCACAUAGAGCAAAUCUACGCUAGAAAAGAAAAGCUCUGUUCUUUGAAGCACAAUGGAAAGAUGCUGAAAGAGGCUCUAGGUAUGAUACUCCUUGCGUAG